AUGAUCACAAAUUGGGAACAUUCAGUACCAUAUCCUGCAUAUGUACCCAAUUCUCAGAUAACUGGUUUUCUUCCCGAGAAUACUUCAGUCACUGAUAAAGCAGCGAUUUAUGUUAAAGAUGGAAAUUCAACAGCAGUACAACCAGUCCUCGGAGGUGGAUUGGUUGGCAGUUUCCAGUAUUUGACACCAACUGCUGUUCUCUCAAAACCCAAUUACACCAUUCUAAACGAUCAGUUAACAUUUAAUCAUCCACAAGAAACACUAAUCCAACCAUUUCUAUCACAGAUGAGUGAUCCCAUAAAAACAACACAAAAUCUUAGGAUCCCAUUUUGUCAGGGCACACAGUACCCCUUAACCACAAGCAUAUCUACUCCUAUUAAUCCCGAACACUCGUUCGGUCGAUUAGAAAUGAAUACUCAUCGUUAUUCCUCUGAAUCGCCUAAAACAAAUCCAGCCCCGACUUCUAGAUUGUCAUCGUCACGACCAUUUAGUUCUCCCAUGCGUCGUAAUUCUGCUCCUUUUCAAUCGACUUAUCAGAAUCGUAUGAAUUUUCCUGAAACAGCUGGUCAUCAAUCUGAAUGUUCUAUUGUUGUAUCUCAAUUGUCUACUAAGAAAUUAACUACACCGGUUUUGUGUUGUAUAUCAUCCAAUUCAAAUAAUAUUCCAAUAAUAAGUCAACAGUCGCCCAAUGGUAGUAAUAAUGUUGUGUUCAAAACUGAUAAUACAAAGCAACAUAUUAUUGAUAAAAAUAUUCUAUUAACUAAAACUACUACUGGUAUUGUUCAACCAUCAGAAUUGUGUCAUAUUCAACCGAUUUUAAUUUCAUCUCCGGUUAAAAAUAAUGAUAAUAAUACACAUAAUUUAGGUACUAGUUCUUAUAUUGAUUCAAAUUGUUUAUCAAAUAAUGAUAGAUCACACUCAGUAAUAUCCUCCUCUCCAUUAUUAACAAAUUGUAAUUCACCAUCAACAACAUUACAAUCAUCUACCAUAUGUUGUUUGUUACGGCCAUCGGGACGUUCAACCAGUACAAGCAGUGGAAGUAGUUGUGGUAGUUCCUGUAGUGGUACUAGUGGUGGUGUGUCUGUUUCAUCUGGACAGUAUAUUUGUUCAAUAUGUUCCGAUCGUGCAAGUGGAAAACACUAUGGUGUCUUUUCGUGUGAAGGGUGUAAAGGAUUUUUCAAACGGACUGUACGUAAGGAACUCACUUAUAUUUGUCGAGAUAAUCAAGAAUGUCAGAUUGAUAAGCGACUACGUAAUCGUUGCCAAUAUUGUCGUUAUCAAAAAUGUUUACGGGCGGGAAUGCGACGAGAAGCUGUUCAAGAAGAACGCCAACAACAACAGCUCCAGUCUGAAGUCCAAAGAUCACCAACUCCACCUGAGCAAAAUUGUGACUUAUCAGUUAACUCGAUGAUUAUGUCUGAUACAAAAACAAGUCAUACAUUGAAUCAUUCAUGUUUAGUUGAAAACCAAGAAGUAAUGUUAAAAACAACUAAUUGUACAUUAUCAUCAUCAUCUAGUCCUCACAUACUUUCGAAAUGCUCAGAUAGUAGUAUAAAUUAUUUGUACUCAGCAUCGAACGAAGAAUCUCAACAACUUCCAAUAAAUGAUAAUUUUAAUCUCACUGUCAAUGACGCUGCAACAUAUCCACCUCAAGAGUUGUCUUUAAUCGUUAAUAAAGAUAGCAACAACGUAACAUUACCUCUGGUAGACAUUUAUACAUUGAAACUCCCAACAACAACACCCGCAGCCAUUCCACCACCACCUGAUGCCUUAGAAUUUAUCAGGACGGCUGAAUCGACUAUUUCAAAUAGACGUAAACAAUGGUUGAGUGCUUUCAAUAAACAACAAUGUCAUGCAGAGAUUGCUAAAUGUUUUCAAGACAGUAUGGAAAAUUUCAAGUGGUUAGAAAAUAAUUUUGAGAAGUGUACAACUAAUCAUUUACCACUGCUUGAUUUAGUUAUCUGGUCGUCAAAAAUUCCAUAUAUCUGUCAACUCUCUUGUGGUGUUCACUUAGACCUCCUUAAAUCAGCAUGCAUGCAAUUGAUCAUAGUGAAUUUAGUUUAUUGGUUAGCAAACGAUCAUAAACCUCGUUCAUUAUCAACAUCAAACUCUACAUCUAAACUUCCCGAUACUACUACCACUAUUACUACUGCUUCUACCGCUGCUGUUCCUCCCACUAUUUAUACUACUGAUAUUCCCAAUAUCACUAACGAUCCCCUUGAAAAUUCAGUUUCAUCAACAGUAUCAGAUAUAUCUAAAGACUGUACAGUACAAGUGAAAAAAAUAAACAAAUCUGUUCCAUUGGAUGAGAAAAUGGAUUAUUAUUAUUCGAAUUUCCCAGAAUUUCAUUUAUUAAAUAAUUUAACAAAACCAAUGGAUAAUAAUAAUAACGAGUCAAUUUCUUCAAAACCAACUAACAUUAAUGACGAUAGUGUAGAUGAUAUGAUUCGAAAACGUAAUACAAAUGUUUACAAGCUAAUUUAUAAUUUAGCUAUAAAGCUCAGAAUGUUAAACCUGGAUCCAGUGGAACUGGGUUGUUUAAAAUUGAUUUUACUAUUGAAUCCAGAUUCUUUGACUUGUCUUAAUAAUAUUCGUUCAUCAAUUGAAUUGUUACGUGAUCAAGUUUACGCUGGCCUAGAAUAUUAUUGUAAUCAAGUUUGGCCAAAUGCUCCACAUGGACGAAUGGGACGUUUAUUACUGAAAUUAUCCAAUUUUCAAUCAGUUGCUGCACAUAUUGAAAAGUUAACAUGUUCUAAUGAGUUAAAUCAUCUGUUAAAUAAUUUAGAAUCUAUAUUUUCAUAUUUAUCCGUGAAAAAAGUAGACUCUUCAAAUUUUAUCAGUACUACUACUACGACGACGAUGACGACGUCGUCUACAACUACCAGUAGUAGUAAUAGUAUUCAUCUGGGAUUUUCAUAG